AUGUCCAUUGAGAGAUGUGUUCAGGGAUGCUCGUUGGACAUAUACGCCGGUAUCUAUGACACCCAAUGCUACUGCUCCUCAUACUCGUUGCCCCUGGAUACCCCGUCGUCCGAGGCCUUUGUCCAUUACCCGGAUUCCGCAUGCGACACCACAUGCCCGGGCAAUGCGGCAGAGAGAUGCGGCGGCGUGGCUCCUUUAUCCCCACCCACCCGGCUCGUGAGGAGACAACUCGCCGAUGCGAACGGCGAUGUUGUCCUGUUGACUCUGUACAACAACACGAACGCGGAUGCCGGUGCUUCCUCCUCGUCGACCACCACUGCCUCUCCGUCGACGACGACAGCGGAAUCGUCCAUGACCGCGUCAAGCUUUGGAAGCACGAGUUUGCAACCGUCCUCAGUAACAACAACAAGUUCACCCAUUCCAACCUCGGUCUCGGUCUCAGUCUCAGUCUCGGUCUCAGUCUCAGUCUCGGUCUCAGUCUCAGUCUCGGACUCAGGCAUCCUCACCUCCCCUCCCCGGCCCACAUCUUCCUUCUUCUCGUCCUCCUCUUUCUCUUCGACUCUCUCCCUAUCUCUAUCCCCCACAACCAUCUCCACGACCUACACGACCGUCUGUGCGUGGCACCCGCUCUCGUGCCCGACGCGCACGGAGACCUGGCUCGCGACCACCAUCACGGUCCUGCACUGCGGAUGCACGGACAUGCCGCCGGCGCAGGUGCCCAUGACCACCACGACGGUCGUGGCGGCGGGUGGCAAUGCGGAGGAGGAGGCAGAGGCAGAGGCGGCAAUGACGACCCUCACGGUCCCGUGCACACAGUCCAUCUCGGCCCUCGAGGGCGCCAUCUCCGCGUGGUCCAACGCACAGGCCGGCGCCCAUGCUCAAGCAGACGCAUACGCCGAAGCCACGGCGACAGCCUCCGCCUCCGCCUCCGCCUCCAACGCCCGGGGGUCGCAAAACUCCAACGCACACGACUACGUGCCGUACAGCUUCCCCGUCUCGUUCCCGACGAUGAUGAUGCCCACGUCGGGGCCGCCGGCCGCUGCCACGGUGACGAAGAGCCUCGUCGUUGCCACGGCCAAAUUCCCCUUCUCGAUCCCUGUGGAGAAUCUCCCUCCCCAUUCCACUCCCGCUCCCCCUUUCGCGGGGGUUUCGAACGGGACGACUCAGGAGGAGGAGGAGGAGGCGGUCGAGGACGUCACGGUGGUGCCGGGGCCGGGCCCGGGGCCGCUUUCUGCUGCCCUGUCGAACACCAAUCCCGCCGCGGCGGCGGCGGUGACGGCGACGGCGAUGAUUCAGAGCGUCAAAUCUGGCGCUGCGUCAUCUGCGUCUUCUUCUUUUCUUUCUUCUCCUUCGGGGAGAUCAUCGCGGGUAUUCUCCUGGGGAUGGGUUCUGGCGCGAGGCUGGGCGUCGGCGUCGGCGUGGGUCACGGUGGUGGUGAUUGUUGUGGAGAUGGGUGCUUUGGGGCAUUAUUGA